AUGGAAGCUGCAAUUAGUCAAUUCAGGAAGGCAUGUCCCUUCCUUCAUAAUAAAUCUACUACUUAUCUUCGCAAUCUUUCUCGUAUGCCUGCUCAUGCUGGCUUUUCUGAGGCCGGUAAUGUGCGUGGUAAUGCUUUGAUUUCUAUGGCUCAGAAGUGUCCCGUUAUGGGCAAAGCUUUAGCUAUUCAAAGCAAGAGCUAUCUUCAUACCUCUGCUAGGUUGGCGAAACAACCUACUUCUCCCUUGAAACAAGCUUCAGUCAUUCAAGAACGUCGAGAUACUACUACUCACCGCAAUGCCUAUUCGUACAAUCAGCAACAACCUGUAGUUCAUUCUACUAAUUCUCAACACUUUGACUAUGAAGCUUUAUAUAAAGUUGAGCUUGAUAAAAAACAUCAAGAUAAAAGUUAUCGUUACUUUAACAACAUUAAUCGAUUGGCCCAACAAUUUCCCAAGGCUCAUACUGCUAAUUUACAAGAAGAAGUGACUGUCUGGUGCAGCAAUGAUUAUUUGGGAAUGGGCCGAAAUUCCAAAGUUCAUGAUACCAUCCAACAUACCUUGCACAGAUAUGGUGCUGGUGCAGGCGGUACUCGUAACAUUGCAGGCAAUUGUGCUUUGCAUUUACAACUUGAAGCGGAAUUGGCUGACCUCCAUCAUAAACCUGCUGCCCUUUUAUUCACUUCUUGUUAUGUUGCUAACGAUGCGACUUUAAGUACUUUGGCGUCAAAACUUCCUGGUUGUGUCAUUUUCUCUGAUGCUUCGAAUCAUGCAUCUAUGAUUCAAGGAAUUAGACAUUCUGGCGCCAAAAAAAUUAUCUUUAAACAUAAUGACAUACAAGAUCUCGAAGCUAAACUUCAAUCUGUUGAUAUUAAUACUCCUAAACUUAUCGCAUUUGAAAGUGUCUAUUCUAUGUCCGGUUCUGUGGGUCAUAUCGAAAAAAUUUGUAAUCUCGCAAAAAAAUAUGGUGCAAUUACAUUUUUGGAUGAAGUUCAUGCUGUGGGAAUGUAUGGUCCACGUGGUGCUGGUGUGUCUGAGCAUUUGGAUUAUGAUUUAAAUGCUCGUUUCCCUCAUAAUAACAAUGGCUCUGUUUUGGACAAGAUUGAUAUUAUCUCUGGUACACUUGGUAAAGCUUUUGGUGUAGUUGGUGGUUAUAUUGCCGGUUCUGCUGCUUUGGUUGAUAUGAUCCGGUCUUAUGCUCCUGGUUUCAUUUUUACCACUUCUCUUCCUCCGAUCAUUGCCGCUGGUGCUAGGGCUUCUGUCCAGUAUUUAAAAGAAUCCACCAAAGAACGUGUGAUGCAACAAUUGAACACAAGAUUACUUAAGGAUCGUUUAACCGAACUUGACAUUCCAGUUAUUCCGAAUCCAUCUCAUAUUGUUCCAGUGCUUGUAGGCGAAGCUGAACCUUGUAAGGUUGCCUCUGACCAAUUGUUGCGUGAACAUGGUAUAUAUGUGCAAUCUAUCAACUACCCAACCGUCGCUAGAGGUGAAGAACGAUUGAGGAUUACUCCUACUCCUGGACAUAAUGAAACAAUGACUGACCAUCUUGUUAAUGCUUUGGAAACUAUUUGGAGAAAGAACGGUUUCAAAAGAGUUAGUGAUUGGAAAAAAGAUGGUGGAAGAGCUGGUGUUGGGACUAAUGACCCCAUUCCAAAACCAAUCUGGACCGAUGCUCAAUUGAGAGCUGCAAUUGAUCCUAGCGUUUCCAUUAUUAAUCAAAGAAAUACUAGUAUUUCAGCCUACUAA